UGUCUCUUCAACACUACGGAGCAACAGGAACAAAGAUAUGCUUGAGUUUGUCCAAAAGGGAAAUGGAUUUAUGCAAAUAUUUCCUUAGAAUUAAGAAAGGAAAGCCUUUAAAGAAGAUGGAACCAUUGCUAUUUUUAAAGUGAUUUUUUUCCUACAGCCACACAAAGAAAAAUGUCCUUUCAGAUGGGCGUGCUGAUGCCAAACCCAACACAGACCUGAACGCAGUCUGCCUGCCUGUUUGCCAACAGUUCUUUAAUGGUUGGAACUGCUCGCCCCAACCUCCAUUACUGCCCUAGCAGACACAGCCUAAUGAUCACUUUUGCCAUGGGAGCCGUGCGAAUCAACAGAUAUAGCAUCGUUUCCACAAGUGAAGAUGCAUUGAAGAUGUCCACCCUGGGCCUCCACAUUGACCACAGCCCUCUGGCACAGCAGACCUUAGCAGGAGCAUGCAUCCAAACUGAAGGACGAGAUGGAGGAGGUGAGACAGAAUGCCCGGGAAAUGAAGUGGGAAAAGCGACAUUGUCCCUGAACGUGAUGAAUGAGCCUGUUACCCAAAACAGCUGCCACACUUCACCAUCGUGUCAUUUGGGUCUGGAUCUGGGAGCUGCCCGCAUCCGCAGCCGUUUUGUGAAGAAGAACGGUCAGUGCAAUGUGGUGUUCAAUAACAUGGAGGAUAGGCCUCGACGGUACCUGGCUGACAUUUUCACCACCUGUGUGGACAUCCGAUGGCGCUACCUGCUGCUCAUCUUCACUUCCACCUUCCUUCUGUCUUGGAUGCUGUUUGGACUGGUCUUCUGGGGAGUGGCCAUGGCCCAUGGAGACUUUGACCUUCAUGUCCCUCUUAAGGAAGGAGAUGUCCAUGACAUUGUAGAAGAAGGGAAAGUUGAGUGGCGGCCAUGUAUUCUCCACAUUCAGGGAUUCAUCGGGGCAUUCCUCUUCUCCAUCGAGACCCAGACUACCAUUGGGUAUGGUUUCCGGUGCGUCACUGAAGAAUGCCCGAUUGCUGUGGCAACUGUGGUGGCCCAGUCCAUCGUGGGCUGCAUUAUUGACUCUUUCAUGAUUGGUACCAUCAUGGCAAAGAUGGUACGGCCAAAGAAGCGAGCACAGACGCUGCUCUUCUCACACCACGCAGUCAUCGCUCUGCGAGAUGGCAAACUGUGUCUUAUGUGGCGACUGGGGAACAUGCGUAAGAGCCACAUUGUUGAGGCACACGUCCGCGCACAGCUCAUUAGGCCACAUGUAACAAAAGAGGGGGAGUACCUCCCUUUGGAGCAAACAGACAUUGACGUCGGCUACGAUGAUGGGCUGGAUCGACUGUUUCUGGUGUCGCCACUGGUGGUGGUCCAUGAGAUCAACGAGAAUAGUCCAUUGUAUGACUUGAGUCGCACUGAUCUGCAGAAGCAGGACUUUGAGAUUGUGGUCAUCCUGGAGGGAAUGGUGGAGGCCACUGCCAUGACCACGCAGGCCCGUAGCUCCUACUUGGCAAGGGAGAUCCUGUGGGGCCACCGCUUUGAACCUGUUGUCUUUGAGAGGGCAGACCGCUACCAUGUGGACUAUUCCCGCUUCCACAAGACUUAUGAAGUGCUGUCAACCCCUCACUGCAGUGCCAGGGAGCUGAGCCAGAUGAUAAGUCAUGGCAGACAGUCGUCAUCAUCUUCUUCAACUUACUCUAGGUCUUCUUCCCCAUUUGCCCCGAGGGCCCCACACCACCUACUGGGAUCGCACUCACCAAGUGCGUUCUGCUACGAGAACGAGGUGGCCCUGUGCUGUGUGGAUGAUGAGCUGGAGGAGGACGCCAAAGAGGAGAUUGGGGGCCACCAAAAGGUGCGAGGCGACAUUCACUUGGGAAUUAAAGAGACGUUUGCAGUGGAGCAGGCGGUGAUGUUAUGUGUUCUAGACACAGAGAAACAGAUGGGUCUUGAUAGACUACAGACCAGCCUGCCUUCGUACAUCAGCAGAGAGUCAGGGGUUUAAAGACAGUCAAUGGGAAAUGGCUGGAACCGCCUCUGGAUGCAGAGAACUGAACCUUUUUUUCUUUUUUGUGGGGAGGGGAUGGGGGGGUUGGUUGGGUGGCAACUCAAACUGUUCAUCUGAUGAAAGGCAUCGUCUCAUUUUAUUUUACAUAACGCAACUUUAGGUCACAUUUUUGCUACGGUUUUUGUAAUUCUACACUUGGAGUUACAGUCAAUGUGCAAAACUCUUACGCAUAAUUUAAAAAGUUCAUAAAGUAAAUGAACUACCAAAAAAAAAGAGUUUAAGUAUUUAAAAAAUAUGACAAAGAGUGCUAAGCAUUAAAGACUACACAAAAUAAGUACAGGGUGUGCUCUCCUAUUACACUCAAAACAAAUACAAUUUUGUCUUUACUUAAUCUAGGUAUGUCAACUGGUUCCACAAAAUGUGGUUGGAGAAAUAAGAAAAGCAAAUUAUAAAAAAUGGUUUCAAUCAAUAAGGCAUUAUGUUUAGACUGCGUACGAAUUUUCACCAAACUAAG